GCAAUAAUUUUAGUAAUGUGCAGGCAAUGAAAUAAUAUCACAAUGUUUCCUUCAUUUUAGUCAAUCUAUGUGAGUCAACAAAAGAGGUUCACCCCAAAAGAUGAUUUGAUGCUAUUGAGGGAGGUGAUCACCCUAAAUCCAUUUGCAGGAGGGAGAGCCAAAUGGGAGGAGGUGGUCACCAACCUCAAUUUUUGCUCCCAUAGCAGCUUUAACAUCAAAAGCUGCCAGGCGAGGGUCAGGACCCUCAAACUGGCAUUCCAAGAAAAGACCAUGCAGUCUUUGAAGGCAUCAGGAACAGAUGAGGAAUUGACUGAGAGGGAAAGCCUUCUCCAAGAACUUCUUUAUCUCUUGGAAGAAAAUGCAGCUACUGAGAACAGCGAAAAAGAGAAGAAAAAAAGAGAGGAGAAGGAAAAUGUGGAUAAGGGCCUCAAAGUCCGGGAGGCAGCCAUGCUGUCUCAGAGGAGAAAACCAGAGCCAGCAGAUGUGGAAGAAACUCAGCAGCCCUCCACAAGCACACAGCCAUCCACGGGCAAGAGGAGACACUCAGACCCCAGUUUUGAAGAGUAUUUCGAAUUAAGGAGGAGACAGCAGGAGCUGGAGACUCAGCGCUUUCAACACGAGACCCAACGCCUUGAACAAGAAAGGGCAAGGGAUGAGAAAAUGUUUGCCAUGCUUGCGAAGCUUAUUGAAAAAAAUAAAAAUUAGGCAUGGCAAACAUUUUAUUAUCCCUUGCCUUUUGCUGAAACUCGGAGUACCUUUUUUUGUGAAUUCAGCAGGGAACUAGCUUAAUUUAUGGGAAAUAAUUUGUAUUAUUUUAAUUCAUUUUAUGACGAUAAAUGUAAUAUUUCCAUUAGUACAGGUGCAAAAAGUCAUUUUCUAUCAGCUGAAACUCCUGUUUGUGAAUUCAGCAGUAAACUUGCUAAAUUUGUGUCAUAAAUGAAUUUGUAUUCAAUUGAAUUUCAAAUUAAGUUGUAUAUUUUGUGGGGUUUUUUUACUGGGGUGUAUUUCACCAUAUUAAAUAAAGGUAUUAUCCUGGUUUAUAUCAAAGAAUUAACAUCUUUUCUAGUGAACCCAAGUACUAGUAAUAAUGUAGCUAUAAUGAAUCCAAUUGUACAGCAUUUUAAGAUGAUAAGUCUGAUAUUCCAAGUGCCAAAACUAGUUCUGCCUUCAGCUGAAUCACUGUUUGUGAAGUUGACAGUGCAUUUACUUAAUUUGAGACAUGAAGCUCUUUGUACAGUUUUUUAAAGACAUUUAAGUUGUUAUAUUUCAUUUCGUGCCAAAACUAAGUAGGGUCAAUACUUUUUAAGGCUUAUGUACUGUACGGAAGCCUUUAUAUUUGUAAAUGACAAACUCAUUAUGCAAUAAUGAUAUAGUGAAUAAUGACGUUGUUCUGUUUUACAUUUUUCUCAGAUUACAUAAAGAGAUGGGAAAACGGCUUUCAUAGAAAUGAGUGCAUAAACAGGUAUAACAGUCAAUUCCAUUCAAAUGAAGAUCACAUUCGGAAAGGUGCUUAAGUAAUUUGCUCCCAGCAAAGAAAAAUAUCACAGAUACAUUUUACUAAUAAGCAAUCCACUAUAUACUUGUCAUUUUCUUUACUAGUAAGUUCACAGUCUUGUUAUACUGUUUGC